UUUAGUAGUUUACUUACAGUUAAAUUGGAUAGACGUGUGAGUGAUCAGAUCCCCUCUCCGAUUGAUUGAUUCUCUCCUCCUCCAAACAAGCCAAGCCAAGUUUGUGUAGGAGAAAAGAGAGAUGGAAUCGAGCAGAGGAGGAGGUCAAGGUGGGAUCCAGCAGUUGCUUGCUGCUGAACAGGAAGCUCAACACAUUGUCAAUGCUGCCAGAACCGCAAAGAUGGCAAGGCUGAAGCAAGCCAAAGAAGAGGCUGAGAAGGAGAUUGCCGAAUACAAGGCUAAAACUGAGCAAGACUUUCAGAGAAAACUUGAGGAGACAAGUGGAGACUCAGGUGCGAAUGUGAAGAGGCUGGAGCAAGAGACUGAUGCCAAAAUCGAACAGCUCAAGAACGAAGCUUCCAGGAUUUCCAAUGAUGUUGUGGAGAUGCUCCUCAAACACGUCACCACUGUCAAGAACUGAGUCUCACACUCUUAUUUAUUUCUCUGCUUUUUGUAAUUUCUCUCUUGUUGUUGUAUUCAUAUCUUGUUUGUUGUUGUUGGAUGCGAGGCUUGAGAUGUUAUGUAACCAAAUACACGAAACAAUAAUGUUUUGAGUCUUUUGCAAGAAAUAUUUCUUGAUGAAUAAAUCUCUUUUGAGAAAACA